AUGUUGAACUUUGCAUCGAGAACGUCAUGUGUCGCAAGACGCCAAGCAAGCUUGCACCUCAUCAAAUUUCAAGGCCCUAGGCUGAUAGCCUCCACUGCUCCCAUGUGCCAUUGGCCCUCGGGGACGCAAGAACUACAACCUUACUGCUACUCGUCGUUAAGGUUCUACUCUUCCGAAAAGACAAAGACCGCCGUCAAGCCCGCAGCUUCGACGUCCACGGAUGCUCCUGUAAAGCCCAAAGAAACGCUUAUGGUCAAGGUGAAGCAUGCAUUGAAGCAUUACGUUAACGGUACGAAGCUUUUGGGCUACGAACUGAAAGUCUCCACUAAGCUGCUGGUCAAGUUUGCUCAGGGUUACGAACUAUCCAGAAGAGAAAGGAACCAGCUAAAGAGGACAAUGGGUGAUGUUUUCAGACUGGUUCCCUUUUCAGCAUUCCUUAUCAUUCCAUUCGCCGAACUAUUUUUGCCCUUUGCUUUGAAGCUUUUCCCCAACUUACUACCAUCCACUUACGAAUCCGGUAAGGAUAAGCAGGCUAAGAGAAAUAAGCUGAUCGAGAUCAGAAAGAAGACUUCUGAGUUUUUGCACGAAACUUUAGAGGAAUCUAACUUGAUCACUUACAAUACUAUCGAAAACGCAGAGAAAAAGCAGAAAUUCUUGAAUUUCUUCCAAAAGCUUUAUUCUGCGAAGGAAGGUAAAAUCAUGUCUUUCCAACACGACGAAAUCAGCGCCAUUGCGCAAAUGUUCAAAAACGAUUCCGUCUUGGACAAUUUGUCAAGACCGCAGCUGGCGGCAAUGUCCAAAUUCAUGUCUUUAAGACCAUUUGGUAACGAUAACAUGCUUCGUUAUCAAAUUCGUUCCAAACUAAAAGACAUAAUGAACGACGACAAAAUCAUCGAUUACGAGGGCGUUCAAAGUCUAUCCCAGGAAGAGCUAUACCAGGCUUGUGUAUCUCGUGGUAUGAAGGCGUAUGGUGCGUCCAAAGAGGAUUUAACCGAUAAUCUAAAAGUCUGGUUGGAACUGAGAUUGAGACAAAAAAUCCCAUCCGUCUUGAUGGUUUUGAGUUCUACAUUCACGUUUGGUGGGCUUCCAAAGGAGAACUACUCAAAGGCCUUCUCGCCCCUGGCUGAGAAAAAGGAGACCAAGAGCAAGUAUGAUGACCUGUUAGAUUUGUACUACGACGGUAUCUUGCAGGUACUAAGCUCCAUCCCAGAUCCCGUUUAUAAUGUUGCCAAACUGGACGUAUCUGAAUCCAAGUCUUCCUCCGCUGAAACUGAAGCUGAAAAGCAGGCUGCUGAAAAGAAGGCCAAGGAAGAAGGAGAAGAAGAAGCAGUUAAACCAAAAGAAACCGCCAUACCGAAUAAAGAUACUACAUCUAAGGACGCUACAUUAGUCACCACCAGCCCCGCAGUCGCUCCUAAGCUAGUCAAAAUCAACGAAAAGGAAGAAACAACUAUGACUGAGGCCCAAGCAGAAGAAAAGCAGGAAACCGCCACUGCUGAUUCCGCUGAAACCGCCGAGACGAGCGAGAAGAAGACCUCUGACGACAAUGAAUUCAAAUUAAACGUCUUGAAGGAACAAGAAGAACUAAUCAAAAAGGAAGAAGAGGAAGCCAAGCAAAGAGCUUCGAGAGAACACGUCCCUGAUGAUAUCAAUUUAGACGAGGAGGAAGAAGCUAAGUCUGUGCCCCCUAUCCCAGCCGAUCAAGCUGCAAAGACUUCUGUUGUAAAGAAAGAUUAA